AUGAAGUGCUGCGCUUGUUUGACUGUAUUUUUGCUAACAGCUUUCGGAUUUGAAUUUUCUAUAGCUGACUGCGAUGUAGCUAGUGAAACGGUAGCCAGUGGCACCUAUUUCCAAGCAAGCACGAAAUUGUGUCCAGGUGAUUUGAUUUUUGAAGAUAACUUUGAUACCUUUAAUUUGGAAAAGUGGCAACAUGAAUCCACUUUAUCUGGAGGUGGAAAUUGGGAAUUUCAGUGGUACCUGAAUAACAGAACCAACAGCUAUGUAGACAAUUCAAACUUACAUAUACGUCCAACUUUCGUAUCCACUGACUAUGGAGAAGAUUUUUUAAAUUCCGGAACUUUAGACUUAAACGGUGCAAUUCCUACAGAUCAAUGCACUGACCCAGCCAAUUGGGGCUGCAGCCGUACUGGAACAGCAGAUCAUAUUUUGAACCCAAUAAAAAGCGCUAGAAUCACGAGUGUUCAUUCAUUUCAGUUCAAAUAUGGAUCAGUUGUAGUUAGAGCAAAAAUGCCAGCAGGUGAUUGGUUAUGGCCGGCUAUUUGGUUGAUGCCCCGUUUUAAUGCUUACGGUGGUUGGCCAACAUCUGGAGAAAUUGACUUGUUAGAGUCCCGAGGUAAUAAGAACAUUUUCAAUUCAGCUGGUAUUAACGUAGGAACUCAACAAGCAAGUAGUACUUUGCAUUGGGGACCUUUUGUAGCAGCCAAUCAAUAUGCUAAAACUCAUUUUGAGAAAAAUAACCCUGUUGGAUACGACAGUGCUUUCCAUAUUUACAAAUUAGUUUGGACUUCCCAUGAAAUAUUAUUUUACAUCGAUAACGAAUUGAUUGGUUCCAUAAAUCCUCCUGCAGGAGGAUUUUGGGAAAUGAGCGAAUUAGCUAGCAGCGGAAUAUCAAAUCCUUGGGCAGCUGGUAAUAAAAUGGCACCAUUCGAUCAGAAAUUUUAUUUGAUUAUAAAUCUGGCUGUCGGAGGAACCAACUUCUUUUCGGACGAUUUCACUAAUCAAGGAGGUAAACCAUGGUCUAAUAAAUCUCCUACCGCUUUUACAGACUUUUGGCAUGGUAAAAGCCAAUGGGAAUCUACAUGGAAUAUGGAUAGCGAUGAUACGCAUCUAGUUGUCGAUUAUGUACAAGUUUAUGCUGUUUGA